GAAUAUAAAAAACUGCUAAAAUUGUGAAUAAUCGACAUUGACGUAAUAAAUCAACGAUAAAAGACGCUCCAAUCUUUAUUAUAAAUACACGUUGUCUUCCGGAUAUAUAUCUCAGUCUGCUUUUAUUCGUCGAACUUUACUGAUCGUUUCGUGCGGUAUUUUUGUUCAAAAUAGGGAUGAAUAUCUAUUUAUAAAAUUUUGAAUUUUGUACAACUAUUUGCACAAACAAAAUUCAACGAUAGUGAUAAAAAGAUCUUUUUUUCCGGAAUCAUCUGAUUCUUUUAUCGUCUUGUUAAAUAUAGUUAUAUAGUUAUAUGUAGUUUUCAUUAAUUUCAGUGCUAAAAUUGCCGUUUAUCUCAGAAGGAUAAUUAAACGUACGCUAUGACAAAAUUCGUUAUACAUAUAAAACAACAUCACUCUUCUAUAGUACAAAAUUGAUUUUAUAAUUGAUAUCGAAGUUUAUCACUAUCUUAUAAUAAGGAAGUAAAAGUGACUGUAUUCUGUAUUAAAAUAUCUCAUUAUGUCGCAACGGCAACUUGCGUUUAUUUUAUGUGCUUGCGUAAACUUUACCACGUUAUUCUGCGUUUCUGCACAAAUUCAUACAUGGAAUAAUAACAAUGGCAACAACGAGAAUAAUUAUAUGUUACCCGCUUAUACUGUUGCUUCAAUAGCUUCGGGCCUUCUUAAUUCGACAUUAUGUGAAAAGGAAUUGCUGGAUUUCCGAGACGCAGUUAAUCAACGAAUACUCUGGAGUUUAAGAGUUUUAGAUUCUAGCGGCAAAUUUCCAUCAGGUUUUCUAGUUGGAAACACUUAUUGGCUAGGCAGUCAGAGCCAAUGCUUUGAUACAAUGAGCACUGAUCCUCUGCAAAUUUCAGAGCGGCUUUUAUUAAACAACACAAAUUAUCGUAAUCCACAAAAAGAGUUUCCGCCCUUCAAAGUAAAUUACUUCGCUGCCCAUUUUAAACACAAUAAUACUCUUCAGUAUCACGUAAAUAUACCAAACGAAGUGUGUCCAUCAGUAUUGCUGAUUUCCGUUGUCUUCGCCUGGUUACAGUUUUUUGUCGUGGUGGUGCUUUAG